GCUCCCUUCACAGAGCGCUGAUGUAAACACAUCCAAACAUGUAGUCCCUGUCAAUGGCACACCAGCAUAAUCCCGAGCGAAUAAUCAGACAAUAUAAAACACGAGCCAUGCGCCUAUAGUCCUAUCAUGCACAGAAGGGUCUCUUCAUUUGUUACGAACCCGUACUGCUAUUGACCCCUUCAAAUCAGUGGAAUAAAAGGAGUGGUCGCUCUCGCUGCUGCUGCUGCUGCUGCUGCUGCUAUGUUAACCACCAGAGAAGCGUCGGUUGAGGCUCCAACUAUUCAGACAAACCAAACCUAAUCAUCAGAACCGUCCACUUCAGCUCGAAAACUUCGAAGAGGAGGCAGCACUGUGCACGCAACAAGAAGAGACAUAAAAUCGAAUCAUGUUGCUCCAGCGCCAGUUAGCCUACUCAACUGCGGCGCCCGUUCCCAGCCUCGAGCGCUAUGCAUUUCGCCAUGUCGCCCGACAGCCUCCUCCACUUCUACGCCGCCGCGGCGGCCGUCACCGCCGCCUUCGGCCUCUUCUCGCUGUACAGGCACCUCGUGCGCCGCCGGCGGCACAACCCCGGCAUGGAGGCUCCGGACGGGGAUUCCGAGGAGCGCCGGCCGCUCGCGGUGACUACGGUGGCGUCGAGCCUUCUCCCGCCCUUCAUGUACAACCGGCUCGUCCGGCACAGCGGCAAGGGCGACGGCGCGGGCUCGACGGAGUGCGCGGUCUGCCUCGGCGCCAUCCGGGUAGGCGCCAUGGCGAAGCUGCUGCCGGCGUGCGCCCACGUGUACCACGUCGAGUGCAUCGACCUGUGGCUGGCCUCGCACUCGACGUGCCCUCUCUGCCGGCGCAGGGUCGGCGAUGAUCGCCCGGCUCAGGACCUUGCCUGUCUUUCACCUGCAUAGAUUGAUCGACCAUCACGUAGGCAAGACCGCAAGAGAUAUCUGUACAGUUUUUUUUCUUUUUUCCUUUUUGAACUUCGAGAUAAAAUCUGCAUGUAUGCUGGUGUAUAGUGUGUGAACUGUAGACUCGUGUGUUUCACUGGAGUUGCAUUCGGAUUUCUCAGCCGUCAGGAUCCCAUGAAAGCAUGAAUUGAUUGCCAAAAUACACACUUCCAGUGUCAACAUGUGAGAUCGAGAUAUUUCUGGCCGAUGCAGCAUUCGAGCAGGGCAGCAGGGGAAUGCAUGACAUAAUGCCAAUGUAAUCAUCAGGAAUGCCAUAAUGAGA